AUGUUUUGCGCUUCGUGCGAGGUUGUUUUGUGUCCUGCCUGGCCUCAGAGAGCAGGGCUCCUAAGAGCAGAGGAAGUGGAGAAAGCGGGCCCGGCUGUCCGCGCCUCGGAGCGGAAGCCUCUGCUCCAUGGCCCUAGUCUGGCGCUCUCGAGCAAACGGCGCCUGAGUGGCCAGGGCACCGCGCCCCGCGCCGGGGAGCUGCCGGGGGAGGCGCCGCGGAGCCGCCUGGAGGAGAAGUUCCUGGAGGAGAACAUCUUGCUGCUGCGGAAGCAGCUGAAUUGUCUGAGGAGAAGAGAUGCUGGUUUGUUGAAUCAGUUGCAAGAACUCGACAAGCAGAUCAGUGACCUGAGACUGGAUGUAGAAAAGACAUCCGAAGAGCACCUGGAGAUGGAUAGCCGGCCCAGCUCAGGGUUUUAUGAACUGAGUGAUGGGGCCUCAGGAUCCCUUUCCAAUUCCUCUAACUCAGUGUUCAGUGAGUGCUUAUCCCGUUGUCAUUCCAGCACCUGCUUUUGCAGCCCCCUGGAGGCAACCUUGACUACCUCAGAUGGUUGCCCCAAAUCUGCAGAUGUGAACCCCAAGUACCAGUGUGAUCUUGUGUCUAAAAACGGGAAUGAUGUCUAUCGCUAUCCCAGUCCACUGCAUGCUGUGGCUGUGCAGAGCCCAAUGUUUCUCCUUUGUCUGGCGGGCUCCCCACUGAGGGAAGAGGAGCGGCUUGAGAACCAUGCCAGUGACAUUUGUGUGGGAUCAGAACUAGAUGUCACCAAGACAGACAGUUCCUUACCAUCCCCAAGCAGUCUGUGGCCUGCCUCCCAACCUUCAUCCAGUAAGAAAAUGGAUGGCUACAUUCUGAGCCUGGUCCAGAAAAAAACACAUCCUGUAAGGACCAACAAACCCAGGACCAGUGUGAACGCAGACCCCACAAAAGGGCUCCUGAGGAAUGGGAGCGUGUGUGUCAGGGUUGCUGGCUCCCAGGUUAGCAGUGUGAACCUGAAGAAUUCGAAGCUGGUGUGUUUGCCCUCUGGCGGAAUGCCCUCUCUGGACAGCGGGUCCUUCUCCCCGCUGAAGCAGCGGGCAAAGGAAUUAAAAGCAGAACUGGAAGGCAAGAGGCUGCUAGUUCCCGAGGGCUGCUUGGUAGGGGCCCCCUCUGAGCUCCCAAGCAAGCAUCUGCCCAAAAAUGCUAAGGUAGCCUCCCAGGAACAGGCUCGGCCUGCCGCUGCGGGGGCAGGAGAGGCCCCUAAAGAAAGUGAGCAGACCUCAGCCGCCUCUCCAAAAGAGAGCCCAGGCCGGACCCCUGGACCCCUGAAAGAGCACAAAGCUGUGCAGCCCCUAAAAAAGAUGGCUCAGAAAAGCAGCCUACAGCCCGCCCCAGCUCCUGUUCCUCCCCCAUUGCUGCCUGUGGCCUUUGCUGGGGAGGAGAGGCCAGCCUUGGACUUCAAAAGUGAGGGUUCUUCACAAAGCCUUGAGGAAGGACACCUGGUCAAAGCGCAGUUCAUCCCAGCCCAGCCGCCGAGCAGCAGGCUUCACCGAGGACACAGGAAUGCGGGCGGCUUGCGGAGCUCCACUCUGAGGCACCGCGGUCAGGCUCUCCAGGGACUGGACAGCGGCUUGCCCACGGUCAGGGAGAAAACCCGGGCGGCUGGCAAGAAGUGUCGCUUCCCCGAGGACUUGGAUACAAAUAAGAAACUCAAGAGAGCCUCUGGCAGGGGCCGGAAGGGCGGGGGCGGGGCCCCCGAGGUUCUUUCCGGCAGGCCCUUGGGCGCCAGUGGCCAUAGGGCGGGAAAUAAGGCUCAGGGCCAUGGACGGGAGGCUGUGGUGGCCAAACCUAAGCACAAACGAACCGAUUACCGGCGUUGGAAGUCCUCCGCCGAGAUCUCUUACGAAGAAGCCCUGAGGAGGACCCGUAGGGGUCGCCGAGAGCACGUAGGUGUGUACCCUGUACCUGUGCCCUAUGCCAGUCCCUAUGCUUACGUAGCCAGUGACUCAGAGUACUCGGCUGAGUGUGAGUCCCUCUUCCACUCCACGGUGGUGGACACCAGUGAGGACGAACAGAGCAACUACACCACUAACUGCUUCGGUGACAGUGAGUCCAGUGUGAGUGAGGGUGAGUUCGUGGGCGAGAGCACCACUACCAGCGAUUCGGAAGAGAGUGGGGGCUUGAUUUGGUCCCCGUUUGUCCAGACUCUCCCAAUUCAAACGGUUGCGACCCCAAACCCUACAAAAACCUUUGUCAAAAUUAAGGCUUCACACACCCUCAAGAAGAAAAUCCUCCGCUUUCGGUCUGGCUCUUUGAAACUGAUGACGACAGUAUGAGUAUCAUUGGUGUGCAAAGUGUCUUUCCCCUUAGUUUCUGAAAAAAGGAAAAAAAAGUGAUGUCUUAGUUUUUGUGUAACUCUUUCAUGAAAUGCUAUCAAGGUAAAACCAAGGUAAAUUAUGUUUCUAUGUAUAGACACUAGUGCCUUUAAUGGAAGGUAAAGGAUGUAUUGCUAGUUAGAAGUAAAUAUUGAGAUUGUAAUGGUGAUAGUGAAAGAAUUUUGUGCUCAGCUGAUUUUUAUUUUACAUUUUUGGAGCAUCUGGUAAGGUACAGGUUUCGAUCCUCAAGUUUUAAUGGGAUGAGACAUUUUGUUCCAAGGUCAGGUGGAUGGAACUUCUAGGACAUAACAUUUGCUCUUGAUUCUUCAGGGCAGUGUGCAAGGGCUUUCCUGUUGAGGGGCAUUACAUACAGCUGUGUGAAAUAGGUACUCGAGGCAGUCAUUGUUUUCUACGCCUUUUUAUACUAUAGUUUACAUUUCUCACCUCUUUCUCAAAUCUGUUUUCUUAGAAUUGUUCUGUUAACUGGACUCAUAACUUGUAGAUCAGAUCCUAAAUCCAGAGAUAGAAUUUGGGCAGAAGCACUGGUAUUACCUUCAAGGGAUUUACAAAACCUUUUGCCACACUGGGUGCCUAGGCCCUGGUUACAGUAACCUUUUCUUGGGCUGUGUAUCCAGCAUUUUGGUGCCUUUCUAUCCUUCCCUAAUUUGUAGCAAAUACAAUAAUUUGUCCCUUGGAGAACUUGCCUUUGGGAUAAAAUUUUGGUACUCUGGUACAGAGAAAUUCAGUCUACAUGAAAUAACUUUUGGGCAUGAUUCCAAGCCCAGAAUUGCUCACUGAACACUGUGCAACCUAAGCACACUGACCUUAUCUGGAAGGGCUUUAAACAUUUUUGGGGGGUAAACAGUAUUGUGUAAAAUUGCUCUUUUUAUAUCAUUAUAUGCAUGUUUUGUGCAUGAGUAGUAUUUGUUUUGAUAUUCCUGUUAAAUUGCUGUAUGAUAUAAGUGGUAUGUGUUUUUAUAUAUAUCAUUGUGUAAAUUUAAUAUAACACAUUAUAUGCUGUAAUAAACAAUUUGUUUUACUGCUGUUAAGUUUAUUAUUUGGGUAUAAAACCAGAUGUUUACACCUUGUGCUGAUUAUUGGUGUUAUUAUUUGUGAGAUUUAUAUUAGAUCCAGCAUUAGGAUGUUAUUUGCAAUUAUUAAGAAAAGUUUUGGGCCAGGGAUUUAGCUCAGUGGUUUCGCCACCUGCUACGCAAUUGCAAGGAUCCGAGUUUGAUCCCCGGUACCAAAAAAAAAAAAAGAAAAGUUUUGGUGUUCUUGGAAUGGAUAGUAAACUAGUUUGGAAAAGCAAACCACUUAUUUAGAAUGGUAAGUUAUAUUAAAAUUUAAGGUAAACUUGAUAGAUGUCUUUUAAGGGAGGCAUUUCUUUUAUUUUUGGUACCAGGGAUCGCGGGACCUUGCGCUUGGAAGGCAGGCGGCAGAACCACUGAGCUAAAUCCCCGGCCCCUAGGAAGGCAUUUCUAAGAAGAAUCUCCAGUUUCUUAUUAUAAAACGUUAAAAAAAAUGGAUUAGUUGAAAUGAUGGUACAAUAAAUACUUGCAUAGCCACUGCCUAGA